CUGCACUAUUUGCCCAGACGGCUACGGCUCCGCUCAAACACUGAGUGCGUCUCUGCUGCGGUGCGUUGCGCGCAGGCUGGAGAGAGAUGACAAGAGCCCCGCGGAACUGGCCAGACAAACAUGGAUCUCCGUAAAACGCUGAUUUCGGUGCUUUGGAUAUUAUUGCUGAACCUAAAGGAAGACUGUCUCGCCGAGGAAGUGGUGCUGCUGAAUUCUAAAGAGACUCAGGCAGAGCUGGGCUGGACGUCAUAUCCCCCCAAUGGAUGGGAAGAGAUAAGUGGUGUAGAUGAGAAGUACAAGCCAAUCCGGACGUACCAGGUAUGCAACGUGAUGGAGCCCACGCAGCAGAACAACUGGCUGCAGACGGGCUGGGUGGCACGCCGAGGUGGCCAGCGCAUCUUUGUGGAGCUCCAGUUCACUCUGCGCGACUGCAACAGCAUCCCCGGUGUGGCAGGCACCUGCAAGGAGACUUUCAACCUCCUCUACGUUGAGUCGGACAGGGACCUCGGAGGUGUGACCCGAGAGGACCGUUACACCAAAAUCGACACCAUUGCUGCAGAUGAGAGCUUCACGCAGGGUGACCUCGGUGAGAGAAAGAUGAAGCUGAACACUGAGGUGCGUGAGAUCGGCCACCUAAACCGCAAGGGCUUCCACCUGGCUUUCCAGGACGUUGGUGCCUGCGUUGCUCUAGUGGCUGUGCGAGUGUACUACAAACGCUGCCUCGCAACUGUCCAGAACUUGGCAGUGUUCCCAGACACAGUGGCUGAGGCGGCCUUCGCCACGCUGGUAGAGGUGCGGGGCACCUGUGUCAACAACUCUGAGGUUGACACAGACAGUCCUCCCAGGAUGCAUUGCAGCGCCGAGGGGGAAUGGCUGGUACCCAUUGGGAAGUGCAGCUGCAGCGCCGGCUACGAGGAGGGACACAGCAGCUGUGAAGCAUGUCCCCCUGGCUCCUACAAGAUGUCCUCCAGGCAGCAGGAGUGUUUUCCCUGCCCAGCCAACAGUGUGGCAGAGGAGGAAGGGUCUGUGGUGUGCGUGUGUGAGGAAGACCACUUCAGAACCCCCCUGGACACUCCCUCAGCACCUUGCACAAGGCCCCCCUCCCCACCUCGCGACUUGGUCUGCACUCUGAAGCAGUCCACUCUGAUCUUGGAGUGGGCCGCCCCAUCCGACACGGGAGGCAGGGCAGAUCUGACCUACAGUGUGGGGUGCCGGAGGUGUGUCGGGAGGCAGUGCGAGCCAUGCGGGGCAAGUAUUGGCUUUGUGCCGCAGCAGGUGGGCCUGACGGAAAGAACGGUGACUGUGGUCAAUCUCCUCCCCAACACCAACUAUACGUUUACCGUAGAAGCCUUGAAUGGUGUGUCAGAGCUGCUGCCCAACAAGAGGUUCUACACCCAGGUCAACGUGUCAACAAGUCUGCCUGCACCAUCACUGAUCAGUGAGCUGCGAGCAGAGAAGAUCGAGCAGAAGAGCAUAACCCUGGUGUGGAGGGAGCCCUCCUACCCAAACAGCAGCCGCACUGAAUAUGAGGUCAAAUACUACGAGAAGGAACAAAAGGACCAGAGUUAUUCUACUGUGAAGACUGCCGCCACACGGAUCAGUGUCAACAACCUCAAACCUGGCACCACAUAUGUCUUCCUCAUCCGCCCUUUCUCUACGCCGGCCCCCUCCUCGUCCCUGUCCUCCUCCCCUCUCUCGUCCUCCUCGUCUUCAUCCUCUGCCUCCUCCUCUUCUACUUCUUCUUCCUCGUCCUCCUCUUCGUCCUCCUCUUCCUCUCCGCCGCCCAUCGACUACGGAGCAUACAGCGCUCCCCUGGAGCUGCAGACACUUGGCGAGUUGGCACUGGCAUCCAGCGAACAGAAUCCAGUGGUGAUCAUCGUCGUCGUGUCCGUGGCCGCCCUGAUCAUGCUGCUCUCCAUGGGAGUUGGAUUGCUAAUCUGGAGGAGCAGUGUCUGCUCGAGCUCCUCCAAUGUAACUCCUGCUAGCGUGGUGCUGCUCUCGACUUCCUUCUCCACUCUUCCUCCUCCUCCUCCUCUUCUUUCUCCUCUUCCUCCCUUCACACAGCUGAUGCCCAGACAAUGCGGCUACAGCAAAGCUUCUCAAGAGGGAGACGAGGAACUUUACUUCCAGUUUAAGAUCCCAACACGGAGGACCUACAUUGACCCAGAGACCUGCGAGGACCUGCUGCAGGCCGUGCACGCCUUUGCCAAGGAGCUGGACAACUCGAGCAUCAAAAUAGAGAGAAUUGUGCACACAGGAGACUUUGGGGAGGUGUGUCGUGGCUGCCUGAAGCUGCCCAGUAAGAGAGAGCUGCCGGUGGCCAUAAAGACAUUAAGGGCCGGCUGCUCUGACAAACAACGGCGCUCCUUUCUCAGCGAGGCUGGCAUCCUGGGGCAGUUUGACCACUCCAACAUCAUCCGGCUGGAGGGUGUCAUCACCACCGGUAAAGAGGAUGGGAGGGAGAUGAAGCAGAAAGCAGAAGGUGAAAGGCAGUUUGGAAGUAAAGGUAACACCAUGAUGAUCAUAGUGGAGAGCAUGUCUAACGGAGCCUUAGAUUCCUUCCUUAGGAAACACGAGGGCCAGUUGAGUGUAAUGCAGCUGAUGGAUAUGCUGACUGGGGUGGCAUCGGGGAUGAAGUACCUCACUGAAAUGGGCUUCGUCCACAAACGGCUGGCCGCACACAAGGUGCUGGUUAACUCCAACCUAGGCUGCAAGGUAUCUGGCUUUAGACCUCUUCAGGAGGACAAGAUCGAGGCUAUCUACACCACACUGCACGGAGGGAAGAGUGUGGUGCUGUGGACUGCUCCGGAGGCCAUCCAGUACCAUCGCUUCUCCUCAGCCUCAGAUGUCUGGAGCUUCGGCAUUGUCAUGUGGGAGGUCAUGUCCUAUGGAGAGAGACCCUACUGGGAUAUGGGCAACCAGGAUGUGAUCAAAGCCAUCGAGGAUGGUUUCAGGCUGCCGGCUCCAGUUAACUGCCCUCCACAUCUCCAUCAGCUGAUGCUGGACUGCUGGCAGAAGGAGAGGACAGAGAGGCCCACCUUCAGCCAGAUCCACUCAGCCCUCAGCAAGAGCAUUCGCUCUCCCGAUGGCAUUGGUUCCUCCACACUGGCACGCAGAACCCUGAGUUCAUCCAUUACGCUAGCAGAGAGGCCUCUCCCCUCCUUCCCAUCCUUUAACUCAGUGGGAGAGUGGCUGGAUGCAGUGGACAUGGGCCGAUACAAGGACAACUUCACCGCCGCAGGAUACUGCUACCUGGAGUCUGUGGCCCGAAUGACUGUACAAGAUGUGCUGAGCCUUGGCAUCACUUCCCUUGAGCACCAGAAGCUGAUACUGGCUGCAAUCCAGACCCUCAGAGCCCAGGUCAUCCAAAUGCACGGGCGUGGCGUCCAGGUCUAACAAACAAGUCAACACACCCAGUCUCACACUGCUGCUGCGACCCAGACAUAUGUGCAGAUGGAUGAUGGGGUGGAGAAGAGGAGAGAGGGAGAGAAAGAGAGAGCUCUCCCAAACUGAUGGAAAGAUGAGCAGAACUUUCAGCUAACUGCACUCCUCUAUCUACUCCUCCUUCCCACACUUCCUCAUGCCUUCCUCUAUUCCUUACUUCCUUUUUUCUAACAGUUCCUUCAGAGACAGGCGGCGUUCCUGUCGUGAUUGGGGGAAAGCAGAGGAGUGAUGUCACGUGACUUUUUUUUUGUGACCUCAUCCUGCACUUUGACCUUCAAUAACUGUGUCAGCUCCUUCUCACUGGUUCUGGAUUAGUGAGUAAAAGACUAAUGAAAUAUUGUCUGUAGCAGGACAGGCUCUGUCUGAAGCUGACCUCUGAGCAGCAGCAGACGCAAAGAUGUACUGCGCUGCAAACACGGUUAUGGACGAGCGCUCAAAGAAACAUUAAAAUUUUGAGUAGAAUCUCCCUUUACCACAACACCGAUUCACUAAGAACAAUAUAUUGUUAAAGCUAGGAACUAUUUUACUGGCCUUGGAUCAUUUUACUCUCUUCUCAGAACUGGCACAGCUAAUUUCACAUGAAACAGGAGGUGAUGUUCGAUGGUGAUGAUCUCAUAUCAGAAGGUAAAGGAACAUUUCUGGAGAUUAAACAUGGCUGGAAUGUAACGUUUGGUUUUAGAGCAGCAGCUUAAGGAGACUGUGCUGUCCCAUGUCGAGGGUCCAGUGAGUCUGAGGUUAGAAGAGUUGGAUGAGGCCUCAAAAGCAUACAGUAUAGUCCUAUAUUCAGUAUAUUAGGUGUGCUGAUGGGAUGAAAAGAGCUACAGUAAGU